GAUUCAGGUUGAGCAACCGGGGAAGUGUUAGGAGGGGACGCCGUCAGCCGGACCCUGACCAUGUCUUGUCUUCCUCUUCAAUGGCUACUCUGUUCCCCAAAACCCUACUUGCUAGUCGGUCCCUUUUGCUCCUGCCCCUACUAGCUCGAGUCCAUUAUUCACUAUCUGCUUUACGAACCAUGAGUUCCGGGUCUACUCAGCGCGUCUUCCAGCUUAAGUUAGAUCCCCUGACCGGUAACUCAGAAUGGGUUGUGAUUGAAGAAGACGAGGAAGAAAACUUUGCACAGAAGUUUCAGCAACCUCUUCUGGCCAUGACCUCCUAUUUAGACAUGCUCAAUGAUUCUAGGAGGAAUAGAGCUUUCCGGGAAGCCAUUGAAAAGACCAUCACCACACCUUGCCACGUCCUUGACAUCGGUGCUGGCACUGGACUUCUAUCGAUGAUGGCUGCACGAGCUAUGGGCUCGGGUGACCGUGACUCAAUCACGCCUAGUAGCAACAAGGGGAUGAUAACUGCAUGCGAGUCGUACCUUCCAAUGUUAAAGUUGAUGAAAAAAGUUAUCCGCUUGAAUAAAAUGGAAGGCAAUAUCAAAACCAUUAACAAGCGCUCUGAUGAACUCAAAGUUGGCGUCGAUAUUCCGUCGCGUGCAGAUGUACUUGUAAGCGAGAUACUAGACUCAGAACUACUAGGUGAGGGGCUUAUACCAACGUUGCAAAAUGCAUAUGACAUGUUAUUGGUGGAAAAUCCUUUAACUGUGCCAUAUCGAGCAACUACUUAUGGACAGCUGGUUGAAAGCAGAUUCUUGUCACAGCUGCAUGAUUUGCGUAACAAUGAAGCAAGUGUAUCUGAUGGCAUUCAUCUUAUCCCUCCUGGACUAGAUGGUGUUUUGAGCAUCAAACACCAGCAAUAUGCCAUGUAUUGCAAUCCAAUAAGAGAAGAAAUAAAACUGCUUUCAGAGCCCUUCAAAGUUUUUGAAUUUGAAUUUUGGAAACGGCCAGAAAGUCACGGAGAAACUGAAUUGUGGAUAAAGGCAACUAAUGAUGGUAGAGUUCAUGCUGUGAUCUCGUGGUGGGUACUUCAACUUGAUCAAGAAGGGACAAUCUAUUAUUCCACAGCUCCAAGAUGGAUAGACUUGCCAGCAAUGACUAGUUCCACUGAUUGGUGUGACCAUUGGAAACAAUGUGUUUGGUUUGUUCCUGGUGAUGGUAUUUCCACAUUCAAGGGGGAUGGGAUUUGUUUGCAUGCUAUGCAUACUGAUACUAGGAUCUCGUACAAUCUAAAGAACCAAACACCAAGGACUGAAGUUUUACAGCACAGAUUGAGUGAUGCAGAUUUGCCAAUUGUACUGUCUCCAGAAAGGAUUGCAAUUUAUGGAGACAGAGAGUGGAGGCUUUCAAUGUUGAAAACAGUGGAAAGUGUGUUGCAGGGAAAAGUUUGCUCGUUAUGCUUGGUUGCAGAUGAUAGUGUUUUUUUACCUCUUCUUGUGGCACAUCUUUCAAAGCCAUCACAUGUAAUUUCUUUAUUUCCGGGGCUAGGGAGGAAGGGCCUCCAAUAUUUGCAAGCUGUUUCUGAUGCGAAUGGUUUAUCAAGGGAUCGUAUAGAAGUUCUUGAAAAAAGGGCGAAACACUUGACCAUGCAUGAUACACAUCAGAAAAAGGCCGACCUGUUGAUGGCAGAACCAUUUUAUUAUGGACAUGAUGGCAUGCUUCCUUGGGAGAACCUGCGGUUUUGGAAAGACCGGACUACUCUUGGUUCUAUCCUCGCUGAAGAUGCUGUGAUUAUUCCUGGUAAGGGAAUACUGAAGGCUUGUGCCAUGUCCCUUCCUGAUCUUUGGAAAAGUCGCUGCUGCUUGAGUAAGAUAGAAGGUUUUGAGCAUUCAGUAGUAAAUACCACAUUAGGGGCUUGUGGUUAUCUACCUGAAUCAGAAGAGACUCCUUGUCUUCCCUUUUUUGUCUGGCAAUGCGGGGAAUAUGAGGAACUUAGUGAGACGUUUGCAGUCAUGGAGUUUGAUUGCUCAAAACAAAUAGAUCUAUGUCAAGGAAAAUCCCUGGUGAAGUUUACUAAGGCAGGGUUGUGCCAUGGAUUUGUACUGUGGAUUGACUGGGUGAUGGAUUUGCAGAAUACUAUUGUUGUGUCUACUGGUCCAGACAAGAGAUAUUGGAAGCAGGGAGUGAAGCUUCUGGCAACACCUAGAGCAGUAGGACCCCAAGAUUCGAGAAAUAUGGGGGAAUGCUGUUCUGCAGUUCUUGAAGCAUCCUUUGAUCCAUCAAAUGGGGGGCUCAAAUUAGUGCUUGAUUUCUCAUGAUGAUGGCCGUUUUACAAUAUUACGGCGGGAAAGAGUGUGACAAUCAGUGGCGGACAAGAUGGUCAGCUGA